UUGGGAUUUGUAACCUAUCCACAAGCCCUGGCACAACUUCUUCUUCCUCAGAUGUGGUCCUUCCUGUUCUUUCUGAUGUUGCUGAUGGUUGGUCUGGAUUCACAGUUCAUGGGAGUUGAAGUCGUUAUUUCUGCUCUGGUCGAUCAGUAUCCACGGCAGCUGGGCAAGAGGAGGAUCCUUGUAACUGGAGGAUACUGCCUCAUCGAAUUUCUUCUUGGAAUCAUAUUCUGCACACAGGGAGGGCCGUACAUGUUUCAGCUGGUAGACUGGUAUGUAGUCUCCCUCGGGCCAAUGGUGAUAUGUACACUGGAAUGUGUUGCUGUGUCAUGGAUCUAUGGUAUAAAACGGAUCAGUAGCGACGCUGAGAUGAUGUUUGGAAAGCAAUUGGCGAUUCCUGUAAAGAUACUCUGGGCAUUCGUAACACCGGCAAUCCUACUGGUAAGUUCAAUACAUAAUUGGAGUCAUAGGGGGUGUAAGUCUCGCGCAUUCUCAUUUCCGGUGUCCAACUUCCGGUGA